CAACACUCCGGAUGUUCACACAGACUCUGAAUCCAACAUCUUAGUAGCCCGGAGUCGGCUGAGUUAGUUCUUCUGGCAGGUGCUCUCACGGUACACUCAGCUAUGUCAUCUAGCAACCAAGUAGUAGCUCUGGUGACAGGGGCUAACAAGGGCAUCGGCUUCGCUAUUGCGCGUGACCUGUGUCGGAAGUUCUCCGGGGACGUGGUGCUCACUGCCAGGAACCAGGCCCGGGGCCGGGCAGCGGUGCAGCAGCUGCAGGCAGAGGGCCUGAGUCCCCGCUUCCAUCAGCUGGACAUCGACGACCUGCAGAGCAUCCGCGCCCUGCGCGACUUUCUGCUCAAGGAGUAUGGGGGUCUGGAUGUGCUGAUCAACAAUGCCGGCAUUGGCACCUGGCCCAAGAAUAAGCCACCAAGUAGAAAAAGAGACUUCUUCAAGAGCGCCCAGCCAGGCACUGACCCUACCCAAUUCCACAUUCAAGCAGAAGCAGCAAUGAAAACAAACUUUUUGGGUACCCGAGCUGUCUGCAUGGAGCUACUCCCUCUAAUAAAACCCCAAGGCAGAGUGGUGAAUGUGUCAAGCACCAUGAGCCUUGAUGCCCUGAAAAACUGCAGCCCGGAGCUGCAGCAGAAGUUUCGAAGUGACACCAUCACAGAGGAGGAGCUGGUGGGGCUCAUGAACAAGUUUGUGGAAGACACAAAGAAAGGAAUGCAUGAGAAGGAAGGCUGGCCUAAUAGUGCUUAUGGGGUGUCCAAGAUUGGGGUGACAGUCCUGUCCAGAAUCCAUGCCCGGAAACUCAGCCAGCAGAGGAGAGAUGACAAGAUCCUCCUCAAUGCCUGUUGCCCAGGGUGGGUGAGAACAGACAUGGCAGGACCAAAAGCCACCAAGAGUCCAGAAGAAGGGGCAGAGACCCCCGUGUACUUGGCCCUUUUGCCCCCAGAUGCAGAGGGGCCUCAUGGGCAGUUUGUUCAGGAGAAAAAAGUAGAACAAUGGUGAAUUCAACUCUUCCCCUCUCCCCACAGUCCCUGGUUUCAUACCCUGUCCAAAAGCGACACAGAGCUGUAGUUCUAAUUCUACGAAGUUUUGUGGUUUCCUAGAGGAGAUGAAAUGAAAUUGUUGGAAAUAAAGAAUGAAAAUCAAGAUGCAUUAAACGAUU